CUUAGCAUCAAAAACAUGAGCUACACCCCUUUUGGGGCACACUCCCAAGUCCCACCAGCAUGACAAGAGAAUGCCUUGUAAGCACCCAGCGAUCAGCACCAUAUAUAUUUGCCGAUAGAAAAAGGCACCAUAUGUACUUGCCCUCCUCUCAUGAGCGGCCCGGCCCGGUCCAAUACGUAACUGGGCCAGUCCUCUCCUAUCCACAGUCCACGUGAAACCGAGCCCAAUCUGACUCCUCAGACCUGACCUGACACCAAAAUUACUGCGAAUUAAUUGCAUGUCCUAUUGCCCCAACACGACGACGUGGCCGUCACAUCCGUCUCCCGAGGAAAGCAGAGCACCCGUUUCCCACUGCCGCAGCUGCAAACCUGCAAAAGCCCAUGUCGUCGUCAAGCCCGAGGCCAAGGGGGAGCCCAGCUACUCUGCCUCUGCUUGACCCAACGAGCUAGGCUCGCGCACUCCAGAGUCCAGAGUCCAGAGUGCACCCAGUCCGGUCCACUGCUCCCACUCCCACCUGUCGCCGUCGCCACCGCUAUCGUCCAGCUCCCCGAAACCCGCAAAAAACCACCACCACCUCCCCACUACGCGCGGCGCGCGCGCUCGCUUUCCGAGGAUGGUCGCCUCCGGCCGCAAGAGCUCCCGCCGCGCGCCCAUUCCCGCGCCAUCGUCUCCCCCGACGGCGCCGGCGGUGGCUCCCCAGUCGCCGCCGCAGCUGACGUCGCUGCUGGCGCUGCUCGCCUCGUCCGUCACCCUGGCGCUGCGGUUCGCGUCCGACCGCGACCUCCUGCUGCGCCCGUCCCAGACGCUGGCGCUGGACCCGCUCCUCCUCUCCGCGGCGCGCGCCGUGUCCCGCCUCCUGGCGCAGCUCCCGCUCCACCUCCAGACGCUCACGCUCACCUCCCUCUCGCUGUCCCCGCCCACGCCGUCGCCGCCGCUGCCCUCCUCCUGGUUCCUCCGCCUCCUCUCCUGCCCUUCCCUCCCGGACACCGCCUGGCGCGACGCGUUCCGCAUGUCCAAGCCGGCUUUCUUCCAGCUCCUCCACGCCCUCGCGCUCCCGGCGCCCGCCGCGUCGUCCUCGUCCUCGUCCCUCGCGCUGCCGCCCGACCACAAGCUCGGCGCCGCGCUGUUCCGCCUCGCCCACGCCGCGCCCGCGCGCGCCGUUGCGCGCCGCUUCGGCCUCCCGUCCCCCGCCGUCGCCGCGCGCGCCUUCUACGAGGUCUGCCGCGCGAUCGCCGAGCGCCUCGCCCUGCUGCUCGACCUCGCCGCGCCCGACCGGAUCGCGCGCGCCGUGCCGGGGUUCUGCGCGCUGUCGCUACCCAACUGCUGCGGCGCGCUCGGGUACGCGCGGUUCGGGGAGGCGGCCGUCGCGCAGGCGCUGGUCGACGCCGAGGGUCGCUUCCUCGACGUCUCCGUCGGGUGGAACCCGGAGAUGGCGCCGGCGGAGAUCCUCCCGCGGACGAAGCUGUACACCUCCCAGACCAUGGUGCUCGCCAAUGCGCCUCAGGGCGAGCUCAUCGGUGGCUCGGUGCCGCGCUACUUCUUGGGGCCAGCUUGCUGCCCGCUGCUCCCCUGGCUUGUGACACCGUACAAGCCUGUGGUGGAUGCCACUGAUGACUUAUCCAAAGAGAGCAUCUUCAACCAUGUGCACGCGCACGGGCAGCAGGUGGUGAAGAAUGCCUUUGGCCAUGUGCGGGCACGGUGGCGCCUUCUGGAGGAAUGCUGGAAGGGCGAGUGCCAAGAGGCACUGCCGUAUGUUGUGGUUGCUGGUUGUCUGCUCCACAAUUUUCUCCUCCAAUGCGGCGAGCCGAUGACUGCAGAGGUUCAACGGAGUGAUGAUGCUGAUGUGUUUGUGGACUUUGAGGGUGAGAAGGAUAAGGAGGGGGAGAGAAUCAGGGAUGUUCUUGCUGCACAUUUGAGCUUGGUAAGCAGAAACCAGUGAAGAGUGUAUAUAGGAGUCUGUAGUCUGUCCCCAGCAUCUGGAAUGCUGAUGUCUGUAUGUAUGUAUCUUAUGCCAUCUUCAGCUGCUUUAAUCUAAUGCUCGACUCUUCUCAGUUCACUUGACUAGCCAACUGCUAGCUUUCUGUGUGGCACUAAAAAUUGGUGACAUGCCUGAUGUUGGUAGUUUCAUUCUCAUA